UGAUGUAGUUUAAUAGCAUGAAGUUUAGCAUGGAAAACAUCUAAACUGUUUUACAUUUUUAAAACCCUUGGUAUACUGACAUUUAGCCUUUGUGCAAAACCAAAACCAUUUAGCUAUUCAUCAAAUGCUGGAAUGUGCCUUUCUGUCUUUUGACAAAGUUUAGCGUACUAAUAUGUUUAAGCAGCAUUAUUUUAAAUCUUCAUUAAGCCCCCUUAAGGCAUACUUUUGAGCAGUCUAACGACACUGAAAUAUAUCAACCAAAACAUUGCUUUACACGCCAAGGAACUUACUGUCACAUAAUUCAUUCUCUCUCACAGAGAAUGUGUGAAAAUGUACUGAAUGCUACAAGGCAAUAUUCUGUUUAGUUGAGAAUACAAAAGAAUUUACCUUCACUACAAAUUCUGGUACACCAAGGGUUUGAUAACCUUUAUUAGUCAGAAAAUAUCUCCAAAGGUGCUAAUGGGCACUGGGUAUUAGAUCUUAUUCCGAAUUUUCUUGUUCAACCUUGCUAUAUUUUCUAGAAUUUCACUAAAUAAUAAACUCUUCUCUCUGUUAUUUGUGUGUGUGAUUUUUGUAGUGGAGAAGGCAAAUGCAAAGGCCCUUCCAGAUGACUGAAACAGUGGGGUCCUCUGCAGCAACAGGGGAUUCUAGACAUUAACUAAAGGCCAGCAAGCACUCAAGUCCCCAAGUGUUUUCCUGGUGUAAUCACUUGUUAACAACAUUUUCUCUCUCUUCUUUUUCUUACAUUUUAGGGUGUUACAAUAAUUUGAAAAACAAUGAGCAGGGUUUGGGAACAUAUAAUUCUGUACCAAGAAGACUGCUCUUCUCAUGAAUUGUGCUAAACUUCUAUAGAUUUCAGCAUGACUGCCAAAGGCACCAUUAAUUGACCAACUAGAAAUCUUCUUAAAUCACUAGAUUAGGGUGAAAUACCUUCGUACUUGAGUGUGAGACUGCACACACACACAGAGGCCGCUAAAUCUUGGAGUUAGUGGGAUUUAGGCUGCUUACUUGGUGAAAAGAUUGCAGCCUAAGCUUUAGCUGCAGUACUUAUUUUUAUAAAAAGUCUGCUUAUAUAUUAACAAGACAGAGGAACAUGCAGUGUGCAGACGUAUGGCAAGACCUAGUCAUUGGCAUCAGGGUACUACUAACAAACUAUAAAUAGUGCAAGCAACUUCUAAUCCUAAUCAUUUUUUUAAAAAAUGCAGUACAAGUAGUGAGACAUCAUAUUAUCCAUCAGAGUUGAACAUUUUUUCCAGUAGUAUGCCUUUGAGGUAUAUUUGCAUUUUAUUCUUGUGCGAAUAUUAUACAUAUUGAGUCCAAACUAGAUUUAACAGUAGCAGUGUGAUUUAAUCAUGGAUAUGCCCCAGUCAUAUAGGAAGCGGGGAGGGUCUGUCUUUAACAGCAAAAGGGUACACAGGUGAGGAACCAUCCCCUUGCCCAGUUUACUGCCUAUUUUUUAACUCAUCUGAGCUCCUAUGCUGGAAGUGUGCUCAGCUAUAGAAUAAUAGCGCUUGGGGAUAGGGACUAGGGUGUUGGGAGAGGUAAGCAGCAAGUUGGGGUAUGGUUCAGCACCCUUCAUCAAUUUGAUCUUUUGCUAUUAAAAAUGGGGACCCUCCUUCCGCCCCUUCGUUUCAUGUGAUUUCAGUAGAACUGCCAUUGUCGCAUCUAGUUUGGCUCUAACUAACAAUCUAUAGACCAGGGUUCAAGGAUGGUAAAUCACUAGGAGUCUGAAGGGGUUUGAUAGGUAAUAUUUUUCUCUUUGUCAGAAUGAUUUUGUACGUUGUAUGAUGAAUCUGGCACAAAGAUGUCUUGAGAAUCUCCUGUAGUUUGUUUAAUGCAAUUUGAGCAACUGCAAUUUUUCAAGGAUGUAAUUUGCUGGGUUUUAGGCCAUACACAAUUUUGUGGUUGGUAGAGAUACAGUACUGGAUACAGUACUAUAUCAGAAUGACUUACUUUUUUUAAUUAAGUAAACUUUGUUCUUGCAAUUCUUCCUUCUAUAUGGAAGUAUACACCCUUUGUUGUCCAGAUGUUCAUAUUGCAAGAGCCCCAUUUCUGCUGGGUACUUAAGCAUUGCUCAGUAAGAUACUUUGAAUUUGGUAGGGCUGCUUGAAUACAUUGUGGAACAUGCUUAAGUACUCUGCUGAAUUUAAACCUGCACUUCUACUGUUCUGGUGAUAUGUUUUAACAUUACCUAACCUGAAGUGUUCAGUACUGCAUUGUGCUGAUCAUAGCUUUCCUAUGUCAGUCAUGUUCCUGUUUUUGGUGUGUUGAUAUUUCUUGGUGUUGGCUGUUGCUUUGUGUUCUAGACUUAACACAAAGUUCACGGUAAGGCAUAGUACUCUAAAAUUCACUAUGAAAUUCAAGGAAUUGGAAGGAACUCAAAUAUUAUCAAUGGCUUUGGGUGGGGUUGUGUAGGUUCUUUGGUUAAUGUUUGUUUCUUUUGUCUGUUUCUUUUUCUUCAUUUCUACACAUUCAUGCAGUAUUUCAUGGUUCUAACAAAGCAGCAGUAAAAAACUUGACGCAUGAAAAUUAACUGGUGAGGGGCCUCAUUGCUUUUUUAAAACUUGUAGUUUUAUUUCUGAAUAACUUUUUUCCUAAAAAUGAGAGGAUCAGAUGCAUGACUACUUAAUGGAUGCAGAUCUUCUGUGAGGUGUCUCAAGAUAAGUCUAAGAGGAUUUUUAGUUAGAUGCCAGAAAUGUUAUAGUUGCACUAAUUGUGUGUAAACAAUAAAUAAUAUCCUCUGAGACAUAGUUUUGCAUGCGAAAUUCUCCCAGAAUCUCUCUAGGUAUGUUAAUAUAUUGAUGCAUUAAUGCCCUGUCUCUAAAUGACCUUUCCCCCUUUUCCCACCAUAACUUUUGGUAUUGAAAUUAUGACAGCUCAGUGACAGAAGACAGAUAACAGUGCUGUGUAUUAUACAUUUGUUUAUAUUAUCGGCACUUCUCAGUAUAGGUGGAAGGAACCAUUACCUUUAUUUAACAGUGGUUUUUCUUUUUUGUUGUUGUGUUUUACAGUUCUUUUCCCUGGUUCAGCCUGAACUAUAUACCAGGCCCUGCUGAAAAUACCACCCAACAGUUUUCUUCUGCAGCUUAUCCAGUUUCUCUUAAGUGCCCUGUACAUAUUGUAUGUUUUAUGAUGAGAUGCAGUCUUUUUAAUAUGUAUUGCAGAAACGCUACUGGUAUUUGCAAAUAUAUAGUACACUUGUCUUAUUGAACUCUCAUAUUGGGGGCUUGGGCACAUUAACAGAUUAAUCCAUAUGUAUAGGGCUUUUGCUGUUGGAUAAAAUAACAGUGAUCAACAUUACUGUUUGUCCCACAUGGGACCUUGAAUAAGGUUAGUCUUCAUUCAGGAUAGGCAGCAAAACUAGACACUUAGCUGGCUUCAAGGCUGCAGACCAGAAGUUUCUUCUGAAAUGGCAAUAUGCAGCAGCAUUCUUGGUACAGUAAGCAUGACACACAGUGGAGCAUGUAUUUUACUGCACAGGUAAGGAAUGUGCCACAGUUUUCUGUGUUUACAUGAAUACAUACACAUGGGGACACACACACAAACACACAUCCCUAUACAGAGCCUAUAUUUGGAGCUGUGUGAUGACCUACAUAUCCAUGUGUCAUGUCAGCAAAAGCCCUACACUUUUCCUUACCUUCUCUUAAGUUUUUACAAAAUUUGUAUGGUAGGUGUAAAAGAAAUCAUAGUGAACUGUACCAUAUUAUUAACCCCUAAAUCAAACUUUUUUUGUCUUGUGUAUCUUGAUUUUUCUGUGUGCUUUAUAGUGAAGCAGCCGACAGAGUCGUUGUUCAUAAAACAGCUUUUGAAAGUUGAGAGCACACCCCUGGAGAACCGACUGUGCUUGCUUACGUUUGGUUCAUGACUUAAAAAUCGAGUACAGGAGUUAUUCCUGAUGAGACUAAGGCUUUGUCUCUCCUGGCACCAGCUAAUGCUGUGGCAGGUCUUCUGCCAGGGGGUGGACUGCUGCCUACACCCAACCCACUAUCUCAGAUUGGUGCUGUUCCUCUGGCAGCGUUAGGAGCUCCAACUCUGGACCCAACCUUGGCCGCUCUAGGGCUUCCUGGAGCAAACUUAAAUUCUCAGUCUCUUGCGGCUGAUCAACUUCUAAAGCUUAUGAGCACAGUGGAUCCAAAGCUUAACCAUGUAGCUGCAGGCCUCGUUUCGCCAAGUCUGAAAUCAGAUACCUCCAGUAAAGAAAUAGAAGAAGCCAUGAAACGAGUACGAGAAGCACAAUCCCUGAUUUCUGCUGCUAUAGAACCAGAUAAAAAAGAUGAUAAGAGAAGACAUUCAAGAUCCAGAUCACGUUCAAGGAGGAGGAGAACUCCAUCAUCUUCUAGACAUAGACGAUCAAGAAGCAGAUCAAGAAGAAGAUCUCAUUCAAAGUCAAGAAGCAGGAGACGAUCUAAAAGUCCUCGGCGGCGGCGAUCUCAUUCCAGAGAGCGCACUCGAAGAUCUAGGAGUAUAUCCAAAUCUAGAGACAAAAAGAAAGAAGAGAAAGAGAAAAAACGGUCUAAAACUCCACCAAAGAGUUACAGCACAGCCAGACGAUCCAGAAGCACAAGCAGAGAGAGACGGCGCAGAAGAAGCAGGAGUGGAUCUAGAUCACCAAAAAAACCCAGAUCCCCUAAGAGAAAGCUGUCUAGGUCCCCAUCACCAAAAAGACACAAAAAAGAGAAGAAAAAGGAUAAAGACAAAGAGAGAAGUAGGGAUGAAAGAGAGAGAUCAACAAGCAAGAAGAAGAAAAGCAAAGACAAAGAGAAGGAUCGAGAGAGAAAAUCAGAGAGUGACAAGGAUGUCAAACAGGUCACAAGAGAUUAUGAUGAAGAGGAACAAGGCUAUGAUAGUGAGAAAGAGAAAAAGGAAGAAAAGGCAGCAGACUCUGCUUCUCCCAAACUUAAGGAGUCACCAGCUGAAAAAGGGAGUGGAGAUGCUGCAACAAGGGAGUCCAAAGUCAAUGGAGAUGAUCAUCAUGAAGAGGAUAUGGAUAUGAGUGACUGAAUAUUGCCUUUGCAGUGGAAACAGCUGCUGACAUGCAUCAGUGUCAUUCCUGUGUGAUUCCUUUAUGCUGUACUUGUUUAACCUUUUAAUCUAGAUGUGCACAGCUGUAACUAUAACUGGUUGUAAAGCUCCUGAUAUUAAAUAAUUACAUCAAAAGCUUUAGAGAAAGUGAUAUCUGAGUUUCCAUUCUCGUCAUUGGUCAAAUUGAAUUGAGUAGCUCAACAGUUAUUAACUUGGUGCUGCUUUUUUCCUUUUUGAGCAAGAAGCUGCAUGCAUCUUUGGCAGGCAUGGACUGUUUGUGUUGUAUGAUCCAGCUCACCUACAAUAGUGUUUCUAGAGUUUGAUUCAUUUGCGGUAAUAGAGCAGUAUAGGGAAUGCACUGGCUGCAUGUUAAUUGUGGCAAGAAACAACCUCAUCUCCUACAGCAUCCGGUGGAUCUACUAAGGGUCUUAAGUGUAGACACAGAAACUAACAUUAGCUUCAUCUGGAAACGAGCAUCCUGAUAGAGGUAGAUAAUCUUUUUAGCCCUGUGGCUGAUACUUUUUGUUGUGGAUUUUGUUUGCUUUGACAAAGUUGAAAUGCACUAGCCUUUUUUUAAAUGCCUAAUAUAAGGUGAACUUUGAGUCAUUUUAAAUCCUCAGGUGUGUUUGAUUUUUGACAGCUUUGACUUCUCGGGAUAGUUGUGCAAAAGGUCUGCAAGAGAGGUAACCUUGUAUAGUCUUUCAUAAACCAAGUUGCAAAAAAAAAAAGGGUAGUGCAUUUUAAAAAUUGGAAUUUCAUGAUUUUAAACAUGUCUACUUGAUAAUGUGCUUGAUCUCAAGUUGUAUAAACUAAUGAAUUUGUGUUGCAGUCACUGAAGUAGUAACCUUUUGCACAGUGAUUUCAUGUUAUGCAAAGUACUUGGGCAACCUGUUAUUUUAGUUUUGGAAGUUUUUGGAGCAUUUACUUUUGUGCAGGUAAAAACAAAAGUAGGCUACAGUCUGUGCCAUGUUGAUGUACAGUUUCUGAAAUUGUUUUACAAGACUUUGAUAAUAAAAUCCUUAAACAUA